AGAGUUACGACAUUUUGAUCGUCGCUGACGCCUUCAACAACUCUCGCGAUUCUAUCGCAGUAAGGAUUCUCAGCUCCAGGCUAAAUAUGGGCUUCGGAACAUAGCCGAUGAACUCUGGCACUAUCGAUCCAUCAUAGCCGACCCGAGCUCGGGGGAAGGCGAUCAAGGCGUGGACGUCGCAAUACAAUAUCAACAGAGCACCUCGGCGACCCUAUGUAGGUUGAUUGUACAGCUGCAUCGUAGCCACAGAAUUUUGCCCACCAUGUCGAGCGACCACCAAUUCGAGGCCUUCACGUUCGAUGGCCAACAAGACACAACAAACUUCGGCCUGGACACCAGCGCGCCCUUCCCGUUGGCGCUGAGGCCUGCCAACGGAUGGAACCCGACGUUAGAAGACUCCAUACAAGCAAUUAGGAGAUUGUCAGAGUCGGGUAAAAUAUUCGAGGAUGUGAGGAUACAUGGCGGCGCUGUGCUCAUUCGCGGACUACCUAUUAGGACACCGCAGGAUUACAGCGAGGUUGCGCAUGCGUUUGGUUUUCUUCCUCACGAGGAAGUUGGCCGGCCGCCGCUACGAACGGUGCUGGCGCCAAACGUUAAGACGGCAAACGAAGGACCGCCGGAACUGCCCAUCUGGCCUCACAGCGAGUACGGAUGGUCGACGAUAAACCCUUCUUGGUUGACGUUCUCAUGCCUGGAUCUGCCGGAUUCUGGUGGCGAAACUCCAGUCAUCUCCAGCCUCGGCUUGGCGGCGGCGCUGAAGCAGCGAGCCCCGGAGUUCGUCGAGAAGUUACUCCAGAAGGGCGUGAAGUAUGUGUAUCGAUACGGGCUCGAGGAUGUGAAGUCGAACACGGGGACGAGCGUCAUCGGUGCGUACGGCCAGCAUGUGAAGCCGGGCGACGAUAAGGAGACGACGAGGAGAAAGAUCGAGGAGGAGGUACGACGACAUAGCAACCGGUUCCAGUGGCACGAGGAUGGGUCCUUGAGCGUGACGCACAUUGUCCCCAUCAUCAGGAUUCAUAAUGAUACCGGCCUGACUACUUGGUUUGGCAACCUCACCAGCGCAUGGGGUCGAAGCACGUACCACGGCGCGACCGAGUUCCCGUACCGAGGCGACGACGGUUCCUAUCACCCGCCCCCUGAGUACGGCGACGGUACGCCAAUUGAGAAGGAGUACCUGGAUCUGGCACUCGCGCUGGCGGAAUCGCUGCAGGUCCUAGUGAAAUGGGAACUUGGCGAUAUCGUGCUGCUAGAUAACUAUGCCGUGAUGCACUCGCGGUCUCCCUGGACUGGCAAGAGGACCGUGCUGGCGGCGUUGUGGAAUGACCCUCACCCGAGAAUAAGUGAUUACCCACCGAGCACUAGAAGUGUCCUUGAUGCCUCCCCAGAGGCGAGGCUGUGAUCAUGGAUAUUUUGGUGGCCGCACGCUUUUGAGCAACCGGAUUCUGGCUUCACGUACAAUCGUUAAUAACAUCCCACAACCUCUCCUCAGUACCGUACAUCAGCCAGUA